AUCUACGACACCUGCAUCGGCUGCACCCUGUGCGUGCGCGCGUGCCCCGUGGACGUGCUCGAGAUGGUGCCCGCGACCGUCAACGCCGCGAAGCAGGCCUGGCGUCCUGCCGGCGCGCUUGCCGACAAAGGGCGAAGGGAGGAGGGUGCAGAUGCCUGCCCGAGCUGCUCGCCGCGCACGUCGGGCAACAGGUCGGCCCAGAGGCGAGCAGCCUCAGGGAGCUUCAGCUCCUGCAAGCUCGCGCGCCUCGCAGGCAUCCGCUCAUCCCUCCCGCGCAUCCUCGAUCAGGGCCGCAGGGGAUGCGUCCUCGGGUGA